AUGGAGAUAUUCGUCCGAGGACGAGAACAGCCGCCAGGAAGUGUGGAAGAAUUUCCUGCGGAAUGUGGCGAAGAAAUCCGAGCUGUCCGAGUUUACAGACGAGGACUUUGUCGCGGUGUCACGGCACAAGCUCAACGGUCGUCAGAUCAAGAAUAUCGUCUCAUGUGCUGUUUCUCUUGCUCGGGAGCAGAAGAAGCAAAUUACCGUGCAGGAUAUUGA